GGGGAAACUGCAUGGGCUGGUUGACUAUGUUCUUCAUGGGGCUCGCGUUCGGGCUCAUGAUUUAUGUCUUUUUCCGCGUCAUUUUGACUGCGUUCUAUAUCAUUCCGCCUGAUCAGCGUGCAGUGAUCACCACGUUUGGCCGUGCCGAGCGAUUGAGCGAAGACUUCGUUCAGCCGCUGGACGAUCCGAACUUGAGCGAAGACGAAAAGAAACGCUACACCUAUCCCAAGGUUCGCGUCGUCGGCCCCGGCGGUCCUUACUUCAAAAUGCCGUGGCAAAAAGUGCACAAGAUCAGUGUUGCCACGCGAAGCGUUGACUUAGUGUGGGACCCGACGAAGAAGCAAGAAACCAUCGAAGCGGUCACGAAAGAUAAUCUGACGACCGGCGUGAACGGCCAGAUCCGAUACCGCGUGUGCGAGAACAACUUGUACGCGUUUCUGUUUGGUGUCGAGAGCCCGCUGGAACACAUCAUGGGUUAUUUCGUGAGUGUGCUGCGUGAACGAAUCGCUACGUUCAGCGAUCCCAAAGGGGCCAGCUUGCUCGCCAAGCCAGGGGUCGAUGACGAUGAUAACCCUUCGAGCGUCGACUUGUCGGAAGGUGUUUCGAUUAACGACCUGCGAAAGAACUUGCCGCUGCUGAACUCUUACAUGGAAGAGCAAUGCCGCUGCACGCCGGGACGUUACGGAGUGGAACUCGACGCGGCUCUGAUUACCAGCAUCGAUCCCCCGCCGGAAGUCGACCGGGCAUUGUCGGCCAUUAACAGCACGCGAAACCAGGUGGCUGCCGAUCUAAGCACAGCCCAGGCCGACGCCGAGCAGCAAAUCACGAUGAGCAAGCGAGCGGUCGACAUCGCCUCGAAUAAUGCUCAAGCCGAAGUCGCGCCACUUCGCGAACUGGCUCGGACACUCAGCCAAAUCAAACAAGAAGGAGGCUCGACCGCACUUCAGGCUUACAUUCGAGACCUGAAAGUGCCCCUGCUGUCCCGAGCCGUCACUGUGGUGCAAACGCGAGAAGAAAAGUAA